UGUCAACAGUUACUUUGUAGAAUUGUUCUUUGUGCUACAAGGUGAUUUAAAAUAUUCUCUGAAGUUUCCCCACUCAAACGCGACACUUUUUACUUGAGUUAAGAUGCAUUUUACAAACCGAGAGGGACCCAGAGAUGUUUCAUCAUCGAAAUAAGAAAAAGCACAUAAUUUGUGAAAAAGUUGAAGGCGAUCAGGGCUCACACAACAAGAACAACAACAAUAACAACAACAACAGCUGGAUAAAUUAUUGGCUGCAGCGCUUGUACAAUUUACUUAAAGAUAUUGGAUUUCCAACGAGUGGAACCACUCAAACAAGCUAUUCGUCUCAGGAGAAAAAACAACAGAAGACGAGGAAGAAGAAGAAUUUCUGGGGACUAUUUGAUUGCUUCAUGAGAAUAAUACAAGUGCAUCCUGAUACUGAUGAUGAUGAUGCUCAGGAUCAAAAGAGAAGCCAACUUCUAAAGGAAACUAAGACGCAACAGUAUAGGAGCUAUAAAGAAGCGGACACUUCCUCGAAGCACAACGUUCCCACAAAAUUCACUACAAUCCAGGUCCAGUCCACUUGUAUGGAACAUCAGAAUGCGACGUUACUUGGAUUCCCAAACGUCAAUAUGAUCUGCUACAUGAACGCCAGCCUGCAGACCUUGCUUACGCUCAAGAAGUUCGUGGAGGACAUCAAAUCCCAGGAGGACGUGUUGGCACUGUGUCCCGAGGCUCAGCUCAUGAGAUGUUUCCUAGACAUUGUGAAAUGUCACGGCUCGCCUGAUUCAAAAUUGAAACUGGAGGUGGUUAUAAGGUUUAAGAACGUCCUCUCUUUCCAGGCCCCGGAGUUUGGAUAUGAAGGCAUGAAAGACGCCCAUGAGUUCCUGACAGCUGUGUUGGAUCAGAUGAAGAACCUGCUGCCCCCUCUGACAAAGACAGCGGCCACUAUAGGGAAAAGAUACAGGUGCCCAGUUCAGACACAUCUAGAGUUCAAAAUGCGGAACACAAGGAUGUGCAAAGGUUGUGGUGUUAAAUCCAUAAGAGAGGAGGGUUUCAUCAUGCUCUCUCUGGACCUGAUUGCUGGAGGUUCAGUGCAGAACAUGCUCAACAUGCACCAGAAGGAAAGACAGCUAGAGUUUAAGUGCGAGUGUGGAGGAAAUAAAUCAGUUCUGCAGUCUAGAUUUCUGACCCUUCCCAAAUAUUUGAUUUUGCAACUAAAGAGGUUCACUUUCACAGAGAACCUGGUGAUGAUCAAACUGGAGGACCCCAUCAUUUUGUGCAGGGAGAUGACAGUAGCUGGCCACCAGUACAGCCUGGUCAGCGUCAUCAGCCAUGUAGGAUCUUCAGCAAAGACAGGACACUACGUGAGCGAUGGGCUACACCCAGAGCAGUCCUUGGAGGACGGAAACGAUCGAUGGCUCCACUUUAAUGACAUUUAUGUGAUGGAAACAAAUGGAACAGUCGUUUCUGAGAUGUGUAGAGAGGAGUCUUAUAUCCUUGUCUACCAGAGGAGGGAGUGGCCCUCUCUGCUAUGACGACCCAGCCCUCAGGAGGAGGGGCACACCCCAGAGAGCCUGGUUCCUCCCAAGGUUUCUUCCUGCAGGGGAGUUCUUCCUUGCCACUGUUUGCCAAGUCACAAAUGUACUUUGUCACCAGAUUGGACUGCAAGUGACAGAACACAGUCUAAGUGGCUUGCUCUCUGGGAGUUAUAAAAUUAAAAACUGUACAAACCCA